CGAUGAUGCGAAGCCGCCGCCUCCGCGCUGCCUGCGGCCGAGGGGGGAGCAGUGGGACGAGGCGCGGGGUUGCUGCCGCCGCCGUCGCCGCCUCCAGAGCAGCGAGAGCCGCCUGCGGAGCGCGGGGUGCCCGGCCCGGGGCCGCCCGUGCUGGUUGAAGAACUUGUGAAAAUUGCUCRCCUUCAGGAAACAUGAGGUCACAGUACAUCACAGCACCUACAGUCACGGUCCUUCUGUUCCUGCUGUGGAUCCCCUCAUCAAUGGGCUGCAAUAAGGCACUCUGUGCCAGCGACGUCAGUAAAUGCCUGAUACAGGAGCUGUGUCAGUGCCGCCCUGGGGAAGGGAACUGUUCCUGCUGUAAGGAGUGUAUGCUCUGCCUGGGCACACUUUGGGAUGAGUGCUGUGACUGUGUUGGUAUGUGCAAUCCUCGCAAUUACAGUGACACACCUCCAACAUCCAAGAGCACUGUCGAGGAGUUGCAUGAACCAAUUCCUUCCCUUUUCCGGGCACUGACAGAAGGGGAUACUCAGCUGAACUGGAAUAUYGUUUCCUUCCCUGUGGCAGAAGAACUAUCACACCACGAGAACCUCGUCUCCUUUUUAGAAACAGUGAACCAGCCACAGCAUCAGAACGUCUCUGUUCCAAACAACAAUGUCCACACACCUUACUCUAGUGACAAAGAACACAUGUGUACUGUGGUGUAUUUUGAUGACUGCAUGUCAAUACAUCAGUGCAAGAUCUCCUGCGAGUCCAUGGGAGCUUCCAAAUACCGAUGGUUUCACAAUGCCUGCUGUGAGUGUAUUGGGCCAGAAUGCAUCGACUACGGCAGUAAAACUGUCAAGUGUAUGAACUGCAUGUUCUGAAGCAGGAAAAUUGUAAUGUAACAAUACUGAGGCCAAAGUAAUCUCUCUUCAUUAAAGAGACAGGGAUUGCAAAUACUGCGUUUUGGUGAAGUGCCUGCUGGUUGCAAUUAAAUGUAUCUGGUUGAAAAAAGGAUGUAUAAAAUCUGAAAACUUUUUUUUUUUUUUAAAUUCAUGUAAGCAAGGCUAACUAGUAGAUGUUUGAACACUAUGUUUUAAACUUAUUUUUGUUUAUUUCUGCUCAAAUGGUACAGUCAUGCUCAUCAUUGCUGUUCUGAUUGUCUUCCUUUGAUUUUAAAGUAUUAACUAUACUGGUAUUCAGAAUAUAGUAYUCUAUCUUGUAGUUUAGAGUAGGGAAACUUUUAGAAUGUGGUAAUGAGAUUUCCAUUAUCUAAAUUCAACAAAUAAAUAAAUGGCUGCUAGGUUGGAGGGAGGGUAGAKGUUGUUUAGGGGCUGGGGUUUUGGGAUUUGUUUUCUGGUUUUGUUUUUUAAUUUUAUUACCUUCCAGUUUUUGAUGUUAGCUUUUUGUUGUGAAAAUGGUGUUUGGAGAAAAAUAGAAAUUCAWGCUUUCUCUUCAAGUUCAAAGCAUGGGCUGUCAUGGAUAAAAUCCUAACUUCUUAGAAGGGCUGCCCAACAAAACACUAUGUAUAGGACACUUUUCUUCCAAGUUUCAUUUGCCCUGCCCUCGUAAGUUUGUUGGGGUCUAUGAUGCAUAAUUUAUGUGUUAAACAAAAUAAUCWUUUCAGUCUUCUCUUAAAACCAAAACAAGCGUAGUUGCAUCUCCCACUUUUUGCACUCUUCUCUAGGGUUGUUACUCCCUGAACGUUCAGUCCAGUAAAGAGCUAUGGUGGAUUUAAUGACUAAAGGAAUAAAGAAUCAAAUGAACAAGCAAGUGGUACAGGUCUACCAGCUGAGCAGCUGGCAGCAAGCAUGUUCCCAUUUAKUAAUUUCCUAUGAAUAUUUAUUCCAAAACAUUAUUAUUAUUGAUUUCUUCCCCCCCCCAAGAUUCUUUUCAAUGAAGAAGGAAAUAUGUGUCUGCAGAGUUAAAAUGUUCCGAGUUUAGAACAUUGUCCAUUUUUUAAAUUAAGAGUUUUUAUAUGUUGACAGUUACAUAGCAGUUACUAUGACCCAUUUAAGGGCUCCACUGAUAAUGGUACUAAGUACAAGAAUAAAGUGUGUGAGUAGUUAAUGAUCAGCUUUUGGUAUUUAUAAUAAUGUGGGUUUUAACUCCUUCAGUUUUUUUAAUGCAUAUAUGCGUAUGCAAACACAAAAAGGAAUUUGACUAUUCAUUUUUCUCUCAUUAACCUCAGUCUAGAGGAAUUAAACUGUUUUCUAAUUACACCUGUCUAUCUGUACCAUGUACAAAUGAAAGCAGUCAUUUUACAUUUACUUUGUUGAAAAAUUUGCCUGAAUGUUUUUUAAAUUUUCUUCUCAAGAUACAGUUCUUUCAGUAAGAUGGAACAAUAAUAAUUAUGAUAAUAAUAAAAAAAUCUACUCUUGUUAAAUAAUGUUACAUUUUUCAAUGUCUUUUUCAACUAUAAAGAUAUACUUGAAAGAUGAAUGUUUAUUGUUUUGAACUAGUGGAUAAUAGAAUGUCUUCAUACUUCAAACUUGCAAUUAAGUCAUACAAGACCAUAGACAAUAAYAGAAAAACUUAGCUUAUCAUGGAGAAGUUGUUCUUCAAUAUAUUUUACAAUUAAUGUUAUAUUUUCUUCUGCUAGAAUUUCUUAAAAUGAAUGGAGAGGAAGAAUUUGUUAGGSUAGCUGUGACAGUAGCUGGAGGGUGAUAUAUUUUUUCCUUACCAAGACAGGAGACAUGUAGCAAUCAAGCAAGCAGGAGGUCAUUAGCAUGUUUCAGAUUUUUGCAGUCUUAAAUCAUUGGAAAUAUGAGGGUAACUCAGAAUCUUCCUGGGGAGAAACAGGAUGUUUCUGGUCAGGCACCUGCUGCAUCUGUGAUACCGUCUCCAUUUACAUCCUCAGAAUUUCACUGUGAGGUCAAAUCAAGGGGAGCGGGAGGGAUGGGGGGAGUGGCCUAACAGGUGUCCAGGAAAUGCUGUGGGGAAUGGCAUAAAAAUGUAAACACAGAUGUCUGUAGUGGCCUGAGAGAAGGUAGUGCACACCUUCUGGGGCUUGCCUUACUUUUUGUAAUUCCUGAUGCUGUCUAGAGUUUGCUGAAAUUGUUGUGUGUACACAAAUGUCAUGCAGCAACACCCARUGUAUUUUAUGACAAUGAGUGUUUUAAGAGGUAUUUUAAUAAAAA